AUGAGCUCGGUUGGAUGGACCUCCUUGCUUCUGGUGGUUCUGUUCUAUCUCUUUGGAGUCUUGCUCACGCAGAUAUCCACAGACCACUGCCGAGAUCUGAAGUACACCAGUGGAGACUCCUGCGACGAUCAGUUGAACCGGUUUUGGUCCAGUGUUCCACAGAGCAUGCUGACGCUGUUCCUGUCCAUCACCAACGGCAUCAGCUGGGAUGAGGCCCUACAGCCUCUCCGACAAAUCUCCGACAUCGCCGUUGUCGGCCUCCUCAUCUACAUCGUCAUUACGGUUCUGGCCGUGCUGAAUGUUGUAACCGGAGUUUUCUGCAAUAUGGCGAUAGAAAGUGCAAGAGCAGACAAGGACAUCGCGACCAUGCAGCAAAUGCAAAAGCACGAGGCGCAAGUGGAGGCUUUGCGUGAAGUCUUCCGUGAAAUCAACACGGAAGGUCAGGAGGUCAUCGGCCUCGACGAUCUGAAGGAAGCCAUGCAACGGCAGAAACUCCGAAGCUUCAUGCACGCGAUGGAGAUAGCCACGGAUGACAUCGUCACCUUGUUCAUGUGGUAUGGCUGCAUGAACCUUGCCGGCCCGGCGAAGGGCCUCCAAGUCGCACGGAUGGGCUACGAGAGCACCAUCAUCCGCAAGGAGAUCAAAGCAAUGCGGGAGGAUCUGCACUUCGAGGAUUCUGGGCUCGUCUCGUCGAAGCCCCGAACUUCAUCGCUGCUCCAUGCAAGGCCAGCCGUUUUCCAGCGCCUUGUGGCCAAAGGCCAUGGAGGUGAUCUUGCAUUGCAGACGUGGACAGUGUAUCGCAGGCCUUCACUGCCUUUGGCACAGCAUCGGCAUGUUGCGGCAGUCUUUGGAGCCGCUCCGGCCUGGAGCGGUGAAGCGCCGUUCUCCACACCCCUCACUCUGACUUUGCCCUGA